AUGCCCAGGAAGAAGCCCUUCAGCAUGAAGCAGAAGCAGAAGCAGUUGCAGCAUAAGGGGGAGCGGAAGGGAGGGCUUCAAGAUGGGCUACGCUCGAGUUCCAACAGCCGCGGGAGCCGGGAGCGGCGGGAGGAGCAGACCUACACCUCGGACGGGGAAUCUGUGACCCAUCACAUCCGUAGGCUCAACCAGCAGCCUUCCCAGGGCCUGGGGUCGAGAGGCUACGAUCCAUUUGUGAAUUUCCCACCAGCACUUUAUGAGUAUGUGACUGGAGAACUUGGGUUGGCCUUGGUGCUGGUCUUGAACAAGGUGGAUCUGGCCCCACCAGCUCUCGUGGUUGCCUGGAAGCAUUAUUUCCACCAAUACUGUCCCCAGCUCCACAUCGUCCUUUUCACUUCUUUCCCUCGGGACCCUCGAACUCCUCAAGAGCCUAGUAGUGUCUUGAAGAAGAGUCGGAGGCGGGGAAGAGGAUGGACUCGAGCCUUGGGGCCAGAGCAAUUGCUGAGAGCCGGUGAAGCCAUCACUGUGGGAAAAGUGGACUUGAGCAGCUGGCGGGAGAAGAUUGCUCGGGAUGUGGCUGGGGCCACCUGGGGGAUGGAAAAAUGCCUCUGUGAAGAUGGCAAAAAGGUCCCUACACUUCUGGAGCAUGUUUCCUUGGGACAAGGGCCUGACAGACACUGGUUUUCCAUUCCUUUCUCAGGUUUCCCCAAUGUUGGGAAGUCCUCGCUGAUCAACGGACUGGUAGGGCGGAAGGUCGUGAGCGUCUCCAGAACCCCCGGCCAUACCCGAUAUUUUCAGACCUACUUCCUUACCCCCUCUGUGAAGCUCUGUGACUGUCCUGGCCUCAUCUUCCCCUCUCUGCUGCCUAGGCAGCUGCAGGUUCUUGCUGGGAUUUACCCCAUCGCCCAGAUUCAAGAGCCCUACACUGCUGUAGGCUAUCUGGCCGCCAGGAUCCCUGUGCAGGCAAUCCUCCACCUCCGCCACCCAGAGGCUGAGGAUCCCUCCGCUGAGCACCCCUGAUGUGCCUGGGACAUCUGUGAAGCCUGGGCAGAGAAACGUGGGUACAAGACAGCCAAAGCAGCUCGCAACGAAGUAUACAGAGCGGCUAACAGCCUCCUGAGGCUGGCAGUGGAUGGUCGCCUCAGCUUAUGUUUCUAUCCCCCGGGCUACAGCGAACAGAAAGGCACCUGGGAGUCUCAUCCAGAGACCACGGAGCUGGUGGUUUUACAGGGCAGGGUGGGGCCAGCUGGUGACGAGGAAGAGGAGGAGGAGGAAGAGCUGAGCAGCUCCUGUGAGGAGGAAGGAGAGGAGGACCGAGAUGCUGAUGAGGAGGGAGAAGGGGAUGAAGACACCCCAACCUCAGCUCCAGGGUCCUGCCUGGCUGCCCGAAACCCUUAUGCCCUGCUGGGUGAGGAUGAGUGCUGAGUCCCCAUCUAGAGCCAUCUUUCCUCCCAAUAUCUUUGCUUUUGGACUGAUCUGGAGGCAUCUCCCGUCUGCCACCCCGAUUGUGAAUAAAGAUUGUCUGCUUUGUAGCCCCUUCCCAA